AGCCGCUCUGGCUCGGGCCGCUCCCCGUGCGCCCGGGGGCCGUGGCGGCGCGGCGGCCCUUCCGUUUUCCAGGCCCGCGCGGGCACGUCCAGAGGGCGGCCUCGGAGAGCGCCUCCCUCGGCGAGCCAUGGCGCCGCCCUCGGAGGGCCAGGGCGGGCCGCCGCAGAAGUGCCGCAAGACAGAGGGAGAUGGCGCCGGGCCUUCCCGAGCCACCGCGGGCUCCGAGAGCGAGGCCGAGAGGCUGGAGGAGUUCGUGCGCUGGACCGCGGGGUUCACGGGAGCGGCGACCUGCGGCCUGCUUUUCCAGCGCUGUGACUUUGGCAUUGGCGCCUUUGCCGGGCGAGAGCUCCUCCCCGGGGAGACGGUGCUCCAGGUGCCGUUCUCGCUCUGCAUCACCGCGAAGUCUGUGGCCUGCGAGCCGUGGUUUGCUGCGCGGAUAGGUGCUGGUCUCAAGGCCCUGGAUCACCCCCGAUAUUCCCAAUUGCCUUCUUUAAUUGGAUCUCUGGGGCCAUUGAUCAUGCCGAUUCGUGUGCGGAUUUGGCUCUACUUGAUUCAUGCUCGACUCGACAACAGGUCGCCUCACCAUGUCUACGUUCGGCUUUGCCCAGCUGAAUACGAUGACCCACUGUGGUGGUCCGAGGAGGAGUUGGCGGAACUAUGCGGCAGCAACUUGCUGGCGGCAGCCCGCAGUGAGCAGCGAAUGAUUGCACGGCUCUUUGACGUGCACGUGAAGCCGCUCACUACAGCUUGCCCGGAGAUGUUUCCCCCUCACGUGUUCAGUUUGCCAGGGUUGCUGUGGGCAAGGUCUCUGUGGGCGAGUCGCGCGUUUCCCCGCUUCCUGGCAGGAGCAGACUGCCCAACCAAAAGCAAGGGCUUUGUAGGUGACAGUGCACCCGGUGCUCUGCUGCCCGGCAUCGAUUCCUUCAACCAUAAGCGAGGUGCCAACAUGGAAUGGUUGAUCGGACGAGCAGGCACUGGCGUAUCCCUGCGUAUGCCCAGCGACACGCCCAGGACGGCAGCCGUUGGAGAGCAGCUGUGGAUCAACUACGGGCCUAAGUCCGAUGAGGAAUGGUUGUUCAACCAUGGCUUCUUGCUGGACAACAACUCCGAGCACAACCGAGUUGAGCUGGUCUUGCUUUGUGAAGGGCCCCUCAAGCACCUGCGCCAGGCAGCACGACUCGCGAAGUCCCUGGACUCCGCCGCCGUGGUGCACCACGAGGCAGGCCGGCGUGACGAAGCCGCCCUGCGAGUGGGGCCGUUCCUGCUGGAAGACGUCGGUGCAGUUCCCGGUGCAGGGGUCAGGCAGCAGCUGCCAGAGGCUCUUGUGACGGUGGUGUCCUUCCUGGUUGCAGCACUGCACGGCCAGGGAGCGCACGCGGGCCCAGGGUCGUGGCUGGCGGAAGCGCUGGAGCGGCAGUGCGCCAGUCUGCAGACGCCGGCCACGGCACGUCUUUCGGGCACUUCGCGCCCGGCCAGGCGGCAGGCCUGUGCUCGGGCGUACAUGGCCAGCCAGAGGAUGAUCUUGACCAAUGCAGCAGGCUACCUGCGUGCCCUGAGCGAGCGGGAGGCUGCCGAGCUGUUUGCGCUCCCUUCUUCGUGUGCGCCUGGUGAGGCCGGCGAACAUCUGGUGGCAGAAGGCAGGCGACCAUUGCGCGUUGUGUUUGCGGAGGACGACGCUGCAGAUGCAGGACACGGUGGCGAUGAGGACGAGCAAGCGUCGGAGGAAGACAGCUCUGAUGAUGGUGAUGACGAUGACGAUGAUGAUGAUGGCGAUGAUGAUGCCACUGGCGCUUCGUCGAGCAAGGCCGAGACUGGUUCUGAUAAUGAUGCAGACGGAGCCUUGCCGCCGCAGGAUCUGGAUAAUGCAAGACGGAACUCAGAUGCGCCUGAGAGCGUGCCCAACGCAUCAGGUGAUGGGGAGGUCCUAGAUACCACGGUCAGUGAUAAAGUGGAGAAGAACUUUGUGCUGUUUGGGGAUGGCUGCGCAAUCCGGGUGGCCUUCGAAACUAUCUGAGGACGAACCUCCCUCUCAGGAUGGGACGCUUAGCUUCCAGAGUCGCACCGCUUGUUGUGGAGUGAGUAGCACGGGUUACUCACGCAUUUGGUGCCAUAUUGUACUGUCUUCGUUGGAUUGGCUCGCGUUGCUCGCCAGAGUUAUAUAGGUACGGGCCCGAGGUCCAGAAUAUUCUUGGAGGCCAGAGCAGUUUCGAGCGCCGCUCUCACAAUCCAGUCUCGAAGGCCAGAACAGUCUGUGUCCGCCACCAAAGGGAGUCUGCGUGCGGGGAUCCGCUAUCUCCUUCGCUUGUCCUCUGCAUCUCCAGGACCCCCAGCCGCCACUGCGAGUCGUCCAGCGAGAGGGAUCUUGCGCAGAUACCUGACGCGAGUCCCUGGAGUCCCAUUGCGAGCCGCGCUUGGAUCAUCCUGAAUUUCGUGGGAGGAAGAACCACCCCGACCCCGUG